UAUAAAUUGCUACUUGUUCCCUUAUAGGGAUAAUGAGCUGGAAGGCAAAGCUGACAGAAGAGAAGGCUCCAAGCUAGUCAAGCAAAUAAAGGUUAAUAGCUGGGUGGUGUUUCCUUCUCAUGUGACCAUAGAAAUGUUGGCUUCUGGACUGUGCCUGCUGCCUAACAGCCCAUCACAGUGUUUGGAAUAAGGUGUGACCUGUUUAUUUGUAGAAUUAGCCAAUCAAAACAGUACUCUGUGAGCUUCAUUCAAGGCAAGCAGGCACUUGGUAUGUAUGUAAAUAUACCCUGUACCAGAAAGGCUUAGCAGGAUCCUACAAAGGAGAGUCAUAGACUGGAUUUCUUUAAACUCAAGAAGAUUGACAAAGCUCUCUUGGGCACUGGAUUAAUGAUUUCAAAAAACUCUUUAGGAAUGUCAGAAGGUGAAGACCUUGGACGGAUCGAAAGCUGGGAAGUCAUUGAUUCCAAAUCCGAAUACAGGCUCUGGCUGAAUCAGUGUUUAGAAGAAGCAAUGAUGAGUUUUGCCAUAUUUCUCCAAGAAAUGUCUCACUUCAAAGAGCAGAACCCUGGCAAGUUUUGCCUCCUGGUCUGCAGCGUAUGCACAUUCUUCACAAUCUUGGGAAGUUAUGUUCCUGGAAUUGUCCUUUCCUAUCUUAUAGUACUAUGUGCCUUUUUAUGUCCAUUCGUUGCACGCAAUGAAUUUGGACAGAAGGUAUAUAGCAGUAUUAAGCCACUACUGCUGAAACUGGACUUUGGUGUUGGGGACUACAUCCAGCAAAAACUGAAAGAGAAAGCCGAAUUGAUAAAAAUAAAGCUGACAGAAGAUGACACUGAACUGGACAUAUCAGCCCUAUGUCCCAAGGUUAGUCCGACCGUUGCAGCCAAAGAAUUGUCUGUAUCUGAUACAGAUGUUUCAGAGGCUUCUUGGACUGACAAUGGAACUUUCAAUUUAUCAGAAGGAAACACUCCGCAGACAGACAUAUCUGAUGAUUUUGAUCGUCCCAGUGACCACGAGGAGGUCUUCACCAGAGAUCUUGCAGAAUUUCCAUCUGUGGAAAAUGGCAUGGCUACAAACGAUGAGGAUGAUUCCAGCAUUGGCCUGCCUGCCCACCAAGGGAAGAAGAAGGAUCGUCUCUCCGCAGCCCCCUUGGACCGGGGCACCCAGCUGAGGCGGGAAGGGCACUCUGCAGCAGGCCUCUCCCUGCCUUUGAUCAACAACCAGGCCGCCAAUAUGGCAAGAGCCAUUGCUAGUGAGGUUGUCACGUCCGUGGUGUCGGCAGCUGUCAGAGACCAGUUGCAGUUCCUGCAAGCAGAACCCAAUUUAAACGAAGAGACAGACACAGAGGAAGGCGAUGAUUUUGAACUACUUGACCAGUCGGAGCUUGAGCAGAUGGAGAGUGAACUGGAACUUACCAAAGGCCAGAAGGCAGAGCUAGAGGGAAACAAGAAGUCCUCAGGCUUCCUCUCAAACUUGCUUGGAGGCCAUUAAUAUGCAGAUUGAAGCUGCUUCAUAGUAUAUAGCCAAAACAAAAUACAGAUGUAAAAGGCAAAAAAAAGAUAAAAAAGAAAAUGAUGAGCUGCAAGCUCCAUCUAUUUUAGAUGUGCUGUAACGUCCUUCAUACAGAGUGAACUUGUUAUAGAGCAGUUGACGCUGGUAGUUUUGUUUCCAAUAGCGAUGCCAUAGAAAUGGGGAAAAACACAUAUCCCAUUAUUUUGUCUCAAAGGAAUAUAAGAGGCAAGUAUAUAUAUGGGGCAAGUAUACUUGCCAAAUGUAGCUCCCUUUUGGCUGUAACCAAAUCCUCUUCACCUCCAGCCUGUUUACUCUUAUUUUUCGAACAUAUCGGCAGCAGUGCUUCAGGGAGAGAAAAUACCAACAGGGAACAAGAAGCCAUCAUGUCCUAGUUGCCUCCUGUGUAGCAGAAUAUCAAUACCUCCAGAUUGGAGAAGGGUCUGAAUACACUUGCAAAUAUCAUCUAAUUUAUGAAAUCGGGGUGCCAUCAUCAAAAUUGAUUGCCAUUUUAUGUAUUAUUUGCCUAAAUUCCCCAAUAUCCUUAUUGUCCAAGACAGGAUGAUGCAUUUUCUAAUUAUAGCAAAACAUUGAGGCUUUAGAGCCUUACAAAAUAAUGUUAUGCUUCCUCCAUGUCCCAUCUGAAACCUUGCAUUAGGCCCUAGAAAAUGAAGCAAAAAUGCUGUGUUUAAGACUGUAUAUGUCAACUCUGUGUGGGAUGUGUGUACCCAGCGUGAAGCUGACUCUGGGAUGCAAGGACGGGGAAAUGGAGAAGAUCAAUACUGAAGUUGGAUUGGCAGUCUCUUUAUCUCCAGCUCCAUCCAUUGAGUGGUCUUUUUCUUCCAAAACAUCACUGUAGGAUUGUAUUUAAAACUAUAGAGACCUUUGAUAUUGAGUUCUCCUGCAAAAGAAAUACAGAAUAUAUCUGGCCUAUAAGUAGAAGAUUUUGCCAUAAAACACUCCUAAUAUUAACACUUAGCUUAUUCUGUGGCAGACUUUGGGUCAUCUUAAAAACAGAACAUAAUCUUCUAUACUUUCUGGUUUACCUUUCGAAAUUGAUGGAAACAGGCAGUGCCUUAUUAAGGUAAACCAAAUUUGAAGGUAAGAAAUGCACCUAGUUUUAGUAGCAUGGUGUAAAAAGCCAGCAGAUUGAGGGACCAUAUCAUCUCUUUUGACUUUAUGUCAGACUCUUUCAGAGUUUUGCUGACAUUCUAACAUGAAAAUUGUUACCUUGUGACCCUUCACCCCUCAGCUGAGUGGGUGAUUUUCUGUCAUAGCAAUAAUAAUGAAGUUAAUAUUACUGAAGAAUAUACCGGUGUAUUAAAAAAUAUGCUGGAAGCUAUUUUUUUUUCUUUUCACUCCUGUCCCAUCCAAAAUGUUUAAUAAGACCCCAGACAAACAAGAUCAAACAACCCUGGCAUCAGUUCUCACUCUGAAGUAGCUUGAUCAAGGUAUCUCAGUACCCUUUAGUACUACUUGAUACCACUAACCAUUCAUCACGUGCAGAAGUAUGUGGAAGUGGUUGCCUGUGAUCACCCAGAUUUGCGCAUUUGAAUGGUAGUACAGACCCAGAAGGGCAAGUGCUUCUUAUGGAUUAUACUUGUGUCUGUGGAAUGGGUACCACCUCUUCUUUCUGUUGGUCAAGCUGGUGCCUUCAUUCUUUAGCCUGGCACUAAACAGGAAGCAGGAUUUAAUCCCUGCCAAAGAUGGGAGGCAUCAGCAUGAUCCUAAGCAUAUUUACUCUAUAGCAAGUCCCAUCCACUUCAGUAGGAGCUAUCCAUAGUAAGUGUGUUUAGGAUUGCAGUCGGUAUUAGUAAAAUCACUCCUUAAUGCAAUAUUUUGGUUGUUGCUGCCAAUCAAAUACCCUUCAAGUAAUAUACACAUGUUCUCAGGUUUUUAUGUAGUUUUAGCUUUGAUUUUAUUGGGAUCAUCUCUCAAGUUUUUAGCAAACAUGUGAAGGAGCAUCUUACAGAUACUACAAAUCAUAUUUCCAAAAUAGAUGUAUGCUAAAGCAAAACUGAUAGUAAUCUCUACCUCAUUUUCAACAUGUGCUUCCUGUUCAUGAUGAAGAUAGAGAUUAUUAUUUAUUUGACUUAUAUGCCAUUGUUCCCCCUAAAUUGAGACUGAAAGUGGCUCACAAUGUGACCAACACAUAAAAUGUUGAAUUAAACACAUUUUAGAAACACAUUAAUGAAGGAAGUAGAACUCCCACCCAUUUAAGAAACAAUAGGAGAGAAUGAAACCUUACCCGUUGUAUGGAUGAGGCUGCAAUUUUAAUCGCUCUUACUUUGGAGUAAAUAACUUAAGUCAGUGGGAUUUACUUCUAAGUAAACAUGCACUAGGCUGCACUGUGGAAGGAAUAGAGUCUAUUUGACAAGGCAGUAGGAAAAGGUUUGAUGAAGACUUAUACGUGAACUGGUAGAGCAUCAUCCCAGUUGUGUUGUAUAUUGUAACUGUGUGCACUUUAUUGUUUUGUUUCAAGAAAUGUUUCAGGGAUUUCCAAAUAUCAGAUAUAAUGGUACUUUUCUAAGAAAUAAAGUUCCAUCUAUCGGUUAAAGCAGGAGGGCCUGCUUGAGACUUGUAAAUAAUUAUCUUUCUGGUAUCAGGACUAAAAAGUACAGUCCUUAUGCGACAAAAUAAAGACCCAGUCAUGAAAACAA